AUGAAUGGGAAAUUUUAAUAUUUUCCAGAUUUUCCAAAACCAUUAGAAAUAAAUAAUAAUAGGGAACAUCUUAAAUAAGGUUUUAAUGGAUUGUAUUAAGAGUAAAUAUAAAUUUAAAUAUUUUAGAAUUUAAGCUUUAUUUUCGAGUAAAUUUGUAAGAGAAUUAAAUGGAGAAUUAGAUACUAAUGCAGAUGAAGUUAUUCUUUUUUUGGAGACUGCUGAAAACAUUUAAUUAUUGAUGCCAUAUUUUUUUGAUCUUAACAAAGCAAUAGUAGAAUUUUAUGCAACAAUAAUUUCGACAUCUGUUGAUAUUUUAGAAACAGAUUAUUAGAAAUAUUUAAUCUAUUAUAUUAUAUUUGGAAUAGUAGCUUCAACUAUAUUAUUUUCUGUGGUAAUAUAUGCAACUAGAAAAUUAUAAAGAUAAAUAAGAGCAAUUAGAUAAGCAUUGAUAUUAUUACCACAUGAAAGUUUAUUGGAUGUAUAAGUUUAUAAUGCAAUAAAGAGAUUUGAGUAAAAGAUGUGA